CACAGACGAGAUGCACUCAAUCAUUUGCCUUGAGCACGAGAGUUCAUUUACACCUCUUCACUUCUCCUCUCCUCUCCUCAUCUACGCUUCCUACCAUGGAUUUCAUCAGCUCAGUCAUUGAGAUUGUUUCUUGCUUGUGGGGUCCCACCACUCCACGCAAAUGUUACAUCAUCAACCUCCGAGAAGACAUCGACUCCCUGAAGAAUGCCAUGGGCGAAUUGAAAUCCAUAAGGAAUGACAUGAAGAGAAAGGUUGAUGUUGCCGAACAGCAGCUUCUUAAAUGCACGGACCAUAUGCAAUGGUGGCUACAAAGAGUAGACGCCACCGAAGGUGAAGUGAAUGAGAUGGAAGAAGCCUUUCAGCAGAUGAUGAGGUGUUUUGGGAAUUGCCAUCCGAAUUGUUGGUCGGCCUACAAGCUGGGCAAGAGGGUGGCGAAGAAGCUGACAGAUGUAGCUGAUUUAAUCACUAAAGGAAAAGAUGGUUCCCUGGAUGUAGUGGCAGAGACGCCGCUUCCCAACCCUGUUAUAGAGCAGCCUAGCACAUCAGCUCUGGGGAUGGAGUCUACCUUGAAUGAAGCUCUAUGUUCUCUUAGAGAAGACAAAACGAGAGUUAUUGGAAUAUAUGGAAUGGGAGGAGUCGGCAAGACGACUCUCCUGGAAGAGAUCAACAACGAAUAUUUAAAAAGAACAGGUGAUUUUCAUGUCGUGAUUUGGGUGGUCGUGUCUAAAGAAUUAAAUUUGCGAAAGAUUCAGAGGGAUAUUGGCAAGUGGUUGGGUUUGAAUUGGCCAGAGAAUGAAAGCAAUGACACAUGGGCUCAAGAUAUUUAUAGUGCCUUGAGGGAAAAGAAAUUCUUGCUAUUACUGGAUGAUAUAUGGCAGCGGCUGGAUCUGAAGGUGGUUGGAAUUCCUCAUCCAAGCAGCCAAAACAAGAGCAAGGUUGUUUUCACCACACGAGAUGAGAAAGUUUGUAGCGACAUGGAAGCUGACAAGAAGAUCAAAAUCAAAUGCCUUGCGUGGAAGGAAGCAUGGGAUCUAUUUCGAGGGAAGGUUGGUGAAGAUGCCAUGAAUUCUCAUCGAGAGAUUCCAGUCCUUGCUGAGCUUGUUGCAAAAGAGUGUGAUGGUCUACCCCUUGCGCUUAUCACAAUUGGGCGGGCCAUGGCGAGCAAGAAGACACCAGAGGAGUGGAAGCAUGCAAUAACAGCUCUGAGAAUGUCACUAUCUGAUAUAUCAGGUGUGGAAGAUGAACUCCUUUUCCGUCUAAAAUUCAGUUAUGAUAAUCUUUGUGACGACGUGACCAAAUCUUGCUUCCUUUACUGUUCGCUGUUUCCGGAGGACUACUCCAUUAACAAAGAAAGCAUUAUAGAUUACUGGAUUGGGGAAGGAUUCUUAGAUGGGUGGGAUGAUGAUCUUGAUGAAGCUCAUAACAAGGGCUAUGAUCUCAUUGGAACACUACAGUUAGCAUGCUUGUUGGAGAGUGGUUCUGAUGAGAAAACAGAGGUGAAGAUGCAUGAUGUGGUACGCGACCUGGCUUUAUGGAUAUCUUCUGAAUGUGGGAAGAAGAAAAACAAGUUUCUGGUGAAAGCAGGAGUUGGAUUGAGGGAAGCACCACCUGUUGAGAGGUGGAUGGAGGCAGACAGGAUAUCUCUAAUGGAAAACACAAUCGAAGAAAUAACAGAGACACCUAGCUGCCCUAACCUCUUAACCUUGAUACUCCAAAACAAUAAGGGUUUGGCAAAGAUCGCCAAUGAAUUUUUUCAAUUCAUGCCUAAUCUAAGAGUGUUGGAUUUGUCAAAUAAUCAAAUAAAAGAAAUCCCACCUGAGAUAGGUAACUUGGUUGAGUUGAAAUAUCUCAAUCUUUCUAAUACACGGAUCACAAAUUUGCCUGAAGAGAUGGGUUGUCUCGUGAAGCUGAAGCAUCUGGAUUUGGAGCAGUGUGCUGAUCUUGUCAGAAUCCGCAGUGAGGCAAUAUCAAGACUUUCUAGGUUGAAAGUGCUGAAGAUGUUGAAUAGCUUCCGUUAUUGGGAAGUAAGAGAAGGGAGUGGUUGGUUUUCUUUAACAGAGAUGGAAGGCUUGAAAUACUUGAGCCAUCUUGAAAUCACCAUAAAAACUGUAUCUGCUCUUAAAAGGUUCCUUGAUUCUCACAAGCUUCCGAAGGUGACGCGGGCUCUAACCGUACAAGGCUGCAAAGGAAUGAAAACCUCGAGCUUCAGUGCGAUGGGGAGACUUAGAAGUCUUAAAAUUCUGUAUUGCAAAGAGAUGGAAGAGAUUAUGAUUGGUUCAGAUGUUAAGAAAGAAGAUUAUCAUUCUCUUUCAAGCUUAGAGCAGCUCAUUCUUUCGCGACUCGUUAACUUGAAUAUAAUUCGAGUUGGGGGAUGCAUCCAAAACCUUCGCAACAUAAUUAUUCGUGAUUGCAACAAGUUGAAGAAUGUUACAUGGAUUCUACAACUUCAAAAUCUUGAAGAAAUCAAGAUAUGGGACAGCAAAGGACUAGAAGAAGUAAUAGGUACAAGUGGCGUUGGGAUUCCUAUGGGGGAGGCAUGUCUAAGAUGGUUCAAAAGUCUGGCUCUUGAUAACCUACCUGAAUUAAUAAGCAUUUGUAAUCUUGCAUUGGCUUUCCCUUCCUUGGAGAAGUUGGAGGUGCAUCAUUGCCCAAAGCUAAAGGAGCUCCCACCUGGUCUCCAAAGCGCGGAUAAUCAUCUAAAGGAGAUCCGAGGUGCGAAACAAUGGUGGGAUGGUUUGGAGUGGGAAGAAGCUGGAAUCAAGUCUAAUUUGCUUCCUUUUUUCAAAGAGACAAGAUUUUGAAUUUGAAAAAUAAUGAGAACCUGGCCAAGGAUUCCCAUCUUCUCUGCUGCAACCAUGUGAAUGGUGGAUUCUUCCAUACUGGGCUUUGUCACUUUUCUUCAAUAAAACUUGCUUUCAUUUGUUUGAAUUUUGUAUUGAAAAGGAAAUGAAAAGAAAUGUGCCUGUUUGAGUUUGCUGGCAUACAUUGUGCUUUCUUAAUCCUACUACCUGUUUGGGUUAAAAACGAGUUCAUCUCAUUCUGAUUAAUCGUUUAUGUAUUAUAGAACUAUUAAAAACAAUCUCGAUAUCUAAUGCUCAAGAUGCCAGGGACAGUGCUAUUCAGUGUUUCUUGGGCUGGCUCUGUUCAGAUUAUCUCAUUUUCAUGGGCUGGUUUCCUUCUUUCCUAGACGAGUGGUCUUUCAGAAUGUUCUCUGGUUGAGUUGGGACAGGCUGGCAGAUUCGUAGGAGGGGUUCUCUGCGCUUGGUCGUGUGGCUUCUUGCUAAUUUGUGGGCUCUUAUCAUUUGUGUUGGCCAGAGCAGAGGUUCAGCUGUCCUGUUCCAGAGAUGUUUGGAGUUGUGGGCUGUUGGUUGCAACAGAUGUAUCUCUUUCUUUUCUAAUUUAAUUAAUUUAUUUAUUAUUAUUAUUAUUUUCUUCUUUAGAGCCUGCGGGCACUACAUACAUAGAGUUAGGAUUUUCAGUUUAUAUAAUAAGCAGUCCAGACAUUUUUGUGAUGCCUCUGGGAAAAGUUGCAAGGGUUUUUUGUCAGAUCCAAUGAAGAUAUAUGUAGUGAGCUCUGACCUUUCUCUUCACCCCAGCCUCUCAAAUUGAGACACAAUAUCAUGGAUUUGGAUCACUGAACCAUGUGCCGUG